AAUAAACACAACCCAAGACCCACUUAUAUCUUUAUUUAAAAAAACUGAACACUCAAGAUAAUCCCAGAUUGGAGGUGCAGUGAUUCAAUUAAUCGAUUAGUUUUUAAAUUAUGUUUACAAAGCGAUCAGAAAAUACUAAUGUAUGUAGAUAUGGCAAUAAGACAGCAGGGUAAAAUUUUGAAAUGUUCUUCCUUAGCCUUGUUUGAUAUUAGCUCUUCCGGCUCAGAAAUGUCUUCUUCCGGCUCAGAAAUGUGACGUAAAGGGCGCAAAUAUACAAGGGAGGUCUUUGUAGUAAGUUGAGACGUUUCUGCUGCAGCGUUUUCUGCAAGAGAAAAGAUGCACAACUGGCAGGAGAACGAAAUCAAAGAACUUCUGACCAUCCGGGGGUCGGAGGCGAUCCGUCACCAGAUCACGGGCACGGUGAAGGACUCUGUAGUUUACAACAGGAUGACCAAACUGCUGGCGGAGAGGGGGGUGUACAGGUCACACAUGCAGGUGAUCAGCAAACUGAAGGCGCUGAGGAAGCAGUAUCUCAAGUACCACCAGCAGAAGACCCGCUGUGGGAGCAACCGCGUCGACUGGCCGUUUUACGAGCAGUGCCACAGGGUUUUCGGGAAUGCCCCCGUGGCGAACCCCGUGGUCAAACGUCAACGGAGUCCCACACCCCCGCUCGCAUCUUCACCACCGCCGCCGCCGCCACCCACUCCUCCUCCGCCGCCGCCCCCUGUCCUCAGCGAGGAGCAUCAGGAGGUUGUAGUCGGCCUCUGGGACGAAGUUGACAAACAUCUGGGUCCAGUGGAGGCAGAGGACGACGAGGACCAGUACAGCCCACCAGAACAGCUGCUCGCUAAUAACACAACACACACCGUUCCAUCGAAGAAAAGAAAAACAACAGUGAUGGAGCAAGUCUCCACUUUGGUGUCGGCAACAGUCGCCCAGCUCAAAGAGAUGGACGCCGCCAUGCAGGCGCAGGAGGAUGCCCGGCUGCAGAGGCUAAUGGACCAUGAGAGGGAAAUGCAGAACACUCUAAUGAAUCAGCUUGUAGCCAUGCACGAACGGAUCAGUCGGGAAAGCCACGAGAGACACCUUGAACUCGUGGACAGGAUACUCUCUAGGUUCCCUUCGUCUUCAGCGCCUUCGGGCCGCUGACUGUGCUCCUCCCCGAGUGAGUGACGACAGCAUACGACAGGGUUAUUUAGAUGUAGGGAACACUUCUGACUCUCUCCUCCACCAGCUGACUAGUGCCUGAGCCCCCCACUUCCGUUACUUUUAUUUUUACUGUAUUUAAAAAUAACCCACUGAGAUCAUCUCGCCUUUAACCUCAACUCUGGGCGCCUGCAGCUAAUACAGAUUCAGGUUAAAACCAGGCCGUGCUCACACCACAGAUCCUCAUACUCUGCUCUGAUUCACUGCUCUUGUUUUUAUCUGUUUAAUCAACUCAUAGACUCAACCAUAGCAGAAGAUGCUAUCGUGAACUGACAGCAGUGUUGAAAAGACACAUUUGCACAGAAACAAUGAUCGAACACUAAUUUUAAAGGGGCAGAGACACUGCACCGUAACAGUCAACUGCAGCGCCAUCAUAGCACUUUUAAAAACAAUUUGUUUAAAGUAAAUUUAAAUUAAAUGUCCUACAAAUGUGCAGUGUGUACUAUUUAAUAUUUAAAAAUUAAAAUUCACCAUCCCACUGGACAGCCAUAAAACAUUUACAAGUGUAAGCUCUUUGGUUGCCUAGGCUGUGAAUUGAUGACUUUAUACUAAAUGUAUAUCAAACAUUAUAUAUAUAUAUAUAGAAUAUAAUAUGUAGUAUCAUAUGGACAUAUGGAUGGAUCUACUGUACCUCUUCUCCCACCUCAGCUGAGCGCGUUGGUGUGAACAGCGAAGCAAACAAAUCACACCGGCAGCUCUGGCCUUUUGUUGUUGGAAACUCUUUAGUAAGCAUUUGCUUUCAUUUUGGGACCGUUCAUACGUCGGAGGAGCUAUUCUACAGUGUGACUUCUUUAACUAGUGACAGUUACUGCACAACAUAGGCAGUGAUGACGCUGGCAUUUAGAGAAAGCAUGGCUGUGUCAAACAUGUAAAAAUCAUGUUUCAGUCGUAUAUACACCACUGUAACACUGUAGUAAUGCAGAAGCUGCUCUUCAGUGAUAGUCUAUUAAUAAUGCCACAGGUCAUGGUUAAUGUAAAAAAAUAUAUACACUGUAACUGAUGAAGUUUAAAAUUCUGAGCUUUAUUAGAGAUACUCAUUUAGAAAUACUGUACAGUUGCAUUGAACAAAAAAGUAGUGGUGCACUUAAAGUAAGAAUAUAAAAUAAUUAACAGUAAGCUCUUGAGUCGCUGUUCGAGGUGUCAUUCUUGGCUGACACGAAAUUCCCGGUUGCGUUUACUGUCUUCAGCAAUCCGGGAGAAAACGUGUCAUUGAGGAAAAACACCUUGUGCAUCAGACUCUAAUUUCAAACAAACCAAAAGUCAGUCAUUACACUCCAGUAUACCCUUCUCAAAAUGGCAACGCAGCAUUAGAUUUUGCCAUAAUGGUGUUAGUUUCAUUUUCUGUAUUGAUAUCACUGAAACAAAACUGCGAUGCCACCUUAAAAGGACCAGUCAUGAGCAGUUAGCACAAGGUGUUAUGAAUCAGAAUGGUUACACUACAUAUAAGCUAAAUAUGUUUUGGUUUGUCCAUGAUGUUCAGUAAGCUGGGAUGUGUAGUUGUAUAUUGUAGAUACUUUUUUACUGUUCUAUACUGUUUACCAGUGUUCUACUGUUUUAAAUUAAUUGUUGUUGUUUUUUUUCCUCAAAGGAACAAUAAAACAAGUUUUAAACUGAAAUAAUACUAAUUCAUUUUCAGACUGACUUGAACGCAGUAGUUUGCAGUUGAAAAGUGACAAUUUGUGGUAGGAAGGAAGAUGCGCCGCUCACGUGUUUUCUCGCUGAUGAAGGGAGAAGAACUCGCCAUCGGCCCAUCUGCUUAGGAUGUCCUGUGUGUUGUGGGAUGGAAACGGACCCCAUAACCAGCUGGAACGCAGAAUCACAGCUGCAUUAUGGGUUCCGUUACAAUCCCACCCACCCAGACAAGGUUCAGGGCUGGACUCAGGUCUGGUCUGGAAAGUACGGCUAAAAAGAGGAAGAAACAGGUUAUAAGCAGCAACAAAAAUGAACGAAGUGACAUUACAUGAGUGGGACGAAUCAAUCAAAAGUUUAUGGCCACUUUUACAGAUUCUUGAGAGAGAAUUUGAAAAAAGUCAAACAAUUAGUUCUUUUUAGACGCAGCAUUUGAAAAAAUGUGAAUGAAAAAAAUACAAGUGCUGGUUACCACCUAGUAGAUCACGUGUGCACCCUAAAACUUUUAUUUUGAAACCAAAGACUGAAUCAAAAUGUUGUGGUCAUAUUGAGUUAUUGUCAUUUCACUAGAGGUGGAAAGCAGCAUCCUCUGGCUCACUUUGCUCUGUUGUUGUUUUCCAGCGAUGUUGUGAUCUAAUUUUACAUUCCAGUAAUGAUUCACACACAGUAAUGAAACCACGUCUGAGACAUCUGAAUUGACUGGCUGAGAGACAGUAUUUUACUUUGAGCUGUGUUUGUUCAGCUGCUGGACUUGACAUAUUUCACUACCAAAUAACUGGAGCAUUUGGAUGCUCUAAGAAAAUAUUCUUUCACCUCAUUCAUUCUUUAAAUUUAGCUUAUAAAUGAUUUAUUAUCACUUUUCAGCUGUUUUAUCGAAAACCAACUUUGUUUUUACUCAGUUUCACAAACAGUUGCAGAGGCAGAACUGGAAAGUCAGAGUUCACUGGGUUGUGGUGUAACAUAAAACAAGACGACCAUUUAAAACUCAUCCGUCCACUCAGCUGGAACUUGAUGCUUUAAAACUAACUCUUGAGUGAAACCACAAAAUUACAGUGUAAGCAGAGUUUUAAAGGCAAACCACCACAGUUGCCUAAUGACAAUAGCUUAAAGAAAAACUGCUUGUGAUCAAACUUUAUUGCAUGUUGUAAAAUGAUAAAGGCAGUUACUGUUACUGUAUGUCCUGACACUAACACUGAACUGAUUUUUACAGGAAAGAUGAUGUUUGAAAAUGAAAUGAGCGUUUUAAACUAUAGAUCGUUUUUUAAAACCUAUUUUUAAAGAUUAGUUUUAAUUUGAUGCUGUUUUAAAUUAGAUGUUUUUGAGGUACAAAUGUAAGCAAAUUAGACAGUUGAACAACAGGCCUGUAGACAAGCUGUAAAUACGGUCAGGCCAUGUUUGAAACAGAGAGAUUAGGUUAAUCUUAAGAAAAUAUUGGGUUUUUUAAGCAUUGAGACCCCUUUAAAUUUUAUUGUAAAAGCACAUUAUGGGAAUUCAACAGUCUGGUUACUUUGGAGCAUUGAACCCUAUCUGGCUGUAACACAGCGUGAGGAGGAGUGGCAGCAAAAUGCCAGUGACACUUCUGUCACAACCUCACAGCUUCCUCCAGGAAUCUGAAAGAAAAACAAAUCAGUUGUUCCUGCAGAACAACUGACGAAGCCAAUACAUUUUUUUAAAUCAACCCGCUGCUUCAACAUGUCAGGUUUUUGAAAUACCGUCACUAAGGCCUCAUCAGUUUCUGACUGUCCAUUACACCACCACACUUGUAAAUAGUUCCUUUGUAUUGAUGCCCCAUCUCGAAAAACCUGUUAUGUUUUAUCUUUUGAGAGACCAAGAGAAAAAGAAAGCAAGCGAGAUGGGGCAAGAGAGGUCAGCCCUGACAAGGAAGAACUGAUAGAACGAUAAAAGGAAGGAGAGAGCUGAAAAAAAAUUUAAGGAAGAGAUUUACAUCGUAGGACUCCUUCCUGUGGAGUUUUAAACAGGUUUGAGAGCCUGAUUUGAAGCUGCCUUAAACUCUCACAUCCUUAAAAGCUUCAAAUAAACCUGGAAAAUAAUGAGAGUAACAAGGCAAGAGAGAGGACUUAGAUAAAACAACUCUUCAACAUGCUUUCAGUUUGCCUUCUGUACUUUAACCACUGAUUAGAAAACCUUUUAGCUUUCCAACAAUGACAUGAAUGAUGGAACAAACACAUUCCUUACAGUCAAUAAAACUAAAGAUUAUUUAAGAGUAAAAUGUGAGGACAAAGAGUAAAAGUUAAGGGGUCAAAUAAGGACAAAAACACACAGGUGGAGUGAGGACAGGCGCUCAGAAACAAAGCUGACAGAAUGAAAGAGAGCAAAGUGAAAGUACAUGAGGAGCUGUUCAAAAAGGCAUUUGUCAGUUACUCACGGUGGCGAUAAAGGUGUUACAAUACAGCGUCUGAAAGUUUUCCAGCUCACCAACAUGUCUGAGCGGAGUGUGUCCCCGUCUUUGGUCCCGUCU